AUAGUAUAAUACUACCCACAGCCUGACCGGUAACAGAGCAGUAUAUGGAGCCCCCCCCACAGGCUGGUUAUGGACGGGGGUCACAUGGCUGCCGGGGGAGUAACCUUUGCCAGUGCUGUCAUUGGGGAUAAAAAAGGAUUGAGACUCGCUCAUCCCAACUUAAAGGAUUAUAAGGAAGCUUUAUCGGGACCAUGCUGCUCUCGCAGGUACAGCAUGGACUAUGACUGCUCAGAUAACAGUGAUCAUGACCUCUGUGACUAGGACGCUGUUUGGGGGCCCAGUGAAGAGUAUGUCUUGCUGUACGUCUGGAGGGCCCCCCCAAGAAAAGUGGCCCCAGACUGAGUGCAGAGUGAACAUGAGAAGAUGGAGUUUGGAGGAGCAGAACUGCAGAGUCCUGCAGCCAGACAAGAGGAGGAGCUCGAUGUAUGCGCAGCAGAAAGCAGAGAGGGCUCUGAUGAGGGAGCACUUUCGGGAGAAGUAUCAUCUGGCUAGAAAUGCCCACGACCAGGAGCAGGUGAGAGCGGCAGGGACCAACGUCCACCUGUCCCGGGAGCUGCGAACCAUCGUGCGACAGGACCAGAGCCACCACAUGGCGGACAAGCUGACCUACCUGAGGACCAGCACCCAGACUGCGGCGGGGCCACCCCAGCCAGGGGUCCGCUGCCUCCUCCUGUGACCAGUCUACGCCUCGAUAACACUGUACUGGACAUUAGCUGGAGAGGGCUCCCGCACUGCUCAUCCUGGUCAGCCUGCUUCCUCUAGACUGUAAGGGGCCUCCUGCACUGCUCAUCCUGGUCACCCUGCUUCCUCUAGACUGUAAGGGGCCUCCUGCACUGCUCAUCCUGGUCAGCCUGCUUCCUCUAGACUGUAAGGGGCCUCCUGCACUGCUCAUCCUGGUCACCCUGCUUCCUCUAGACUGUAAGGGGCCUCCUGCACUGCUCAUCCUGGUCAGCCUGCUUCCUCUAGACUGUAAGGGGCCUCCUGCACUGCUCAUCCUGGUCACCCUGCUUCCUCUAACCUGUAAGGUGCCUCCCGCACUGAUCAUCCUGGUCACCCUGCUUCCUCUAGACUGUAAGGGGCCUCCCGCACUGCUCAUCCUGGUCAGCCUGCUUCCUCUAGACUGUAAGGGGCCUCCUGCACUGCUCACCCUGCUUCCUCUAGAUGGCAACCAUUACUGCUCAUCCUGGUCAUCCAGCUUCCUCUAGAAUGUAAGGGGCCUCCCGCACUGCUCAUCCUGCUUCCCCUAGACUGUAAGGGUCCUCCAUCACUGCUCAUCCUGGUGAUCCUGCUUACUCUGGACUGUAAGGGGCCUCCCGCACUGCUCAUCCUGUUCCCCCUGGUUCCUGUAAACUGUAAGC